CCCCCUUAUGUUUUUUAAUUUACGUCACCGCAAUUUUCUGUUGCCACUUGGAGGAUUGUAAACAUAUGUUUUAUUGCUAGCUACACAGAAAGCAGAUAGCCAAAACGUACGAGAUCAUUUUUGUAUUCUGCCUGUGUCAUACAAUUGCUUUGUUUCUCAGUUCUGUGUAAUAACUGAACAUAUAUCAGCUGUUUAGUGGUCUGAAGCUAGCUAGCUGUCAUAAUAAUCAACACAAGAGACAGCAAGAAGACAAUAUAGCAAUCGUUACUGCAAAGCUGACAUAAUGGCAUCGUUGGCUGCACACGAGCCGAAUAUAAGCCCAAAUUCCAUACCAGUCCUCGCAGACGCUCUGAUGCCCGCGAGCAUUUUCGCUCCGGAUGGAGGAGGUUUUGGAGAUCAUGACGCCGGGGAAGAGUGCCUCGAGGACGGCGACCUCUUCAACGGCGAGACCGGGGAUCUCGGGAUUGACUUCACUAGCAAGGUGGCCCUGGUCAGCCCUAAUGGAGAGCAGUAUGACUCGUUACUACGACAACUCCGGGAGAGGAUGGACGAGGGUUGUGGGGAGACCAUCUACGUUGUUGGGAUGGGCUCAGACGGAGGUGACUACGGUCUGGAUGAGGGAGACAUGGAGGCGUCUGUAGCCACAGUUCAGUCCCUGUGUGAGCAGACUGAGUCAGAGCUGAUCCUGCUGAGGGAGCGUAUCGAAGCUGGGGGGCAGGUACGCGACUACCUCAUCCGCCGACGCGUGGGUGAUCAAGACUUCUUGGAGGUCAGGGUAGCGGUGGUGGGUAACGUGGAUGCAGGUAAGAGCACUCUGCUGGGGGUGUUGACCCACGGGGAACUGGACAACGGCAGGGGGUUCGCCCGCCAGAAACUCUUCAGACACAAACACGAAAUGGAGAGUGGCAGGACCAGCAGUGUGGGGAACGACAUCCUGGGCUUCGACCAGAAGGGACAGGUGGUGAAUAAGCCAGACAGCCAUGGUGGCAGUCUAGACUGGACUAAGAUCUGUGAGAGGUCCUCUAAGGUCAUCACCUUCAUAGACCUAGCUGGACAUGAGAAGUAUCUCAAGACCACAGUGUUUGGAAUGACUGGACACCUGCCUGACUUCUGCAUGCUCAUGGUGGGCAGUAAUGCAGGUAUCGUAGGGAUGACUAAGGAGCAUCUAGGUCUGGCCCUGGCCCUCAAUGUGCCUGUGUUCGUAGUGGUCACCAAGAUAGACAUGUGUCCUGCCAACAUCCUACAAGAGACUUUAAAGCUGCUCCAGAGGUUACUAAAGUCCCCAGGCUGCAGAAAGAUCCCUGUUCUGGUCCAAAACAAAGAUGACGUCAUCGUCACAGCCUCCAACUUCAGCUCUGAGAGGAUGUGUCCAAUCUUCCAGAUCUCCAAUGUGACAGGAGAGAACAUGGACCUGCUGAAGAUGUUCCUCAACCUGCUGUCUUCUAAAACCUCCUUCAGAGAAGACGAACCUGCAGAGUUCCAGAUAGAUGACACCUACUCAGUACCGGGUGUAGGCACAGUCGUUUCAGGGACUACUUUACGUGGAUUGAUACGUCUGAAUGACACAAUGUUGUUAGGCCCAGACCCACUGGGCAGUUUCCUCCCUAUUGCAGUCAAAUCUAUCCACAGGAAGAGGAUGCCAGUCAAGGAGGUGAGAGGUGGACAGACUGCCUCCUUCGCCCUCAAAAAGAUCAAGCGUUCAUCCAUAAGGAAAGGCAUGGUGAUGGUGUCCCCCAGGUUAAACCCACAGGCAUCAUGGGAAUUUAUGGCUGAGAUUCUGGUUCUGCACCACCCAACUACGAUAUCACCCCGCUACCAGGCCAUGGUGCACUGUGGCAGCAUCAGGCAGACAGCCACUAUCCUGACCAUGAACAGAGACUGUCUACGAACAGGGGACAAGGCAUCGGUCCACUUCCGCUUCAUCAAGACCCCCGAGUACCUCCACACAGACCAGAGACUGGUGUUCAGAGAGGGACGCACCAAGGCUGUGGGCACCAUCACCAAGCUGUUGCAGUCGACCAAUAAUCUGCCGUCAAACUUCAAACCCCCGCAAAUCAAAAUGCAGUCUACGAAAAAGGCCCCGUACCGCAGAGAGGAUGGAACCACGCCUGCCAAUGAGGACGAAGCGAGCACAGCCCGACCAGACAGUCCGCACCAAUCACAACAACUGACAGAGGGGGAGGAUGAUCCUCAGAGUAAUGAGGGAAACAAAGAGAACAAGACAAAGUCAGGAGGGAGCAGGAGACGAGGAGGACAGAGACAUAAAGGCAAAUCAAACCAGAGCAGCUCCACCACAGCAGCCCCGUCAUCAGCAGGCACAGGAGGUUCCUAAACUACACCCCUCUCAGCCCCCAAACUACAGUACUUCCUCCAUCCAGCUGUUUCAGCAGACAACCUUCCCCCUUCCCAAAACUACUCCACUACAAACCCCUGUCGAAAAAAUGGGGUCAUAAAAUGUCCCUUUCCCCACCUCUCUCCCUCUAUACCACCUGGCUAUCUAUCGCCUUAUCAAGUGUCUUUAUCACUCACACCAGAGAAAGUCUAGGUGAAAAGCAGCUCUCAGCUCUGUGCUUGUAGAUGGUUACCUCUGCCUCCUCACUCUCAUCUUAUCUCCGCUUAGUUUAGAAAACAUCCUUAUAUUUACAGUAUAUGAACUUGAUAUGCCUUCUUUCAUUGGGUCUACGGUGAGAAUCACUGUAAUACUGUGUAUAGUUAAUCAUGGGCCCGAAGCCACAUGAGCAGCUAUUCCCUUACAGUAGAGUAACCCAGCUCCAUGCACUAUAGCUCAUUGUUUCACUGUUUAGCAGGCAUACUAGUUUCUCUCAUUUCCUAUUUACCACUAGAAUCCCCAAUAUGACAUAAUGAAGCAUGUUUUCUAUUUAAUUUUAUACUAAAAUGUGAAGAUUAAUGAAAGGAAGUAAGGUCACAACUGACAUAGUGAAUGGUACAUUUUAGUGGGCCUUCAUUAUGAGUGAAAUAUUGUAGAUAAGAUGUUUAAUUGGCCAUUUAUGACCAAAAGGAAAGCCAGGGUUUGUCUGACUAUCACACCCUUCCUCAAGUCCAUCCUCCAUGGCCCGGAAAGGGAUUGUGUUUGUGGGCGAAAUGGAAAGCCAGGGUUUGUCUGACUAUCACACCAUUUCUCAAGUCCAUCCUCCAUGGCCCGGAAAGGGAUUGUGUUUGUGGGCGAAAUGGAAAGCCAGGGUUUGUCUGACUAUCACACCAUUUCUCAAGUCCAUCCUCCAUGGCCCGGAAAGGGAUUGAGUGUUUGUGGGCGAAAUGGAAAGCCAGGGUUUGUCUGACUAUCACACCAUUUCUCAAGUCCAUCCUCCAUGGCCCGGAAAGGGAUUGAGUGUUUGUGGGCGAAAUGGAAAGCCAGGGUUUGUCUGACUAUCACACCAUUUCUCAAGUCCAUCCUCCAUGGCCCGGAAAGGGAUUGUGUUUGUGGGCGAAAUGGAAAAAUAUCCUCCCCUCCUCGAUAGCCAGCUUUCAUGGAGGACAGUCAUGUGUAUCCUCCUCUCUGAAGAGUUUACAACUAUACUACACCCCCUGUGAAUCAGCUGUUUUGUCUGACAAAAACAUGCAUUUAUCACUUUACACUUAUUUUGGGAUCACACCUGUAAAUGUAAUUUGCCUGAGCAGAGGAGUCGUCAUUUCAUGCAAGCGCAUUUAUCCACGUUCUCGUCAUUUUUCAGGAGGCGAGAGGAGUUGAAGGCCACUUGUCCUGUCUAAAAUAAAUGAUUCCAUUUACACUGAAAAGGUUUAUUUAAGAAUAUAAAUGUACACUUGAUUAGCAACUGUUUAAGUGAGACAUUGAUUGUAAUAAUAGUUGCAGUGCUGUUUGGACCAUCACUGUUUACAUAGUUGUGGAAUUCCAUUUGCCUCUGACAUUCACCAAUAAAAACAGGCUUUAUUGAUCUCUGA